AUGCAUCCGGGCGUCUUGCACCGUCGCUUCCUGAGCGACCUCUCGACGUCGCUCUUCUCUUUCGUGCUGCCCUUACUGCCGACCUCGGAGGAGCUCACCAUUAAGGAGGAAGUGCGCACCCUCAUCGAGAAGCUCAUCAAGACGAUUGAGCCCAGCGCCCGCCUCCUCAGCUUUGGUAGCAGCUGCAACUCGUUCGGGUUGAGGAACUCUGACAUGGACCUCGUCGUCCUCAUCGAUGACCCGGACGCUGGCCUUGACCCCUCCCUCUUCGUCUCGAUGAUCGGAGACCUUCUGGAGCGCGAGACCAACUUUGACGUCAAGCCUCUGCCCAAGGCUCGUAUCCCCAUCAUCAAGCUCAACUUAGCUGCUUCUCCUGGAUUGCCGUUUGGCAUCGCUUGUGACAUUGGUAUCGAGAACCGCCUGGCCAUCGAGAACACUCGUCUGCUGUUAACGUACGCCACUAUCGAUCCCGCGCGUGUCCGGGUACCCUGUCGUCUUGUGAGCUUGCAGAUUGCGGACCUUGAGCUAACGUCAGACGGCAUCACCCUCAUGGUGCUGUACUUCUUGGUUCACGUCAAGCAGCCGCCGGUACUCCCGAACUUGCAGCGCAUUGCCCCCGUCCGCCCCAUCACCGAGGAGGAGAUGAUGCUCGAGGGCCGCAACGUCUACUUCUUCGACGAUGUCGAGAUGCUGCGCCAGGAGUGGUCCUCGGUCAACUUUGAGAGCGUUGGCGAGCUGCUCAUCGACUUCUUCCGCUACUUCUCGCACGACUUCCAGUUCAACACGAUGGUGUUAUCGCUCCGUGCUGGUCCCCUUACGAAGGAGAGCAAGGGCUGGACGAACGACAUCGAUGUCGGUGGUCUGAACGAGAUGGCUCGUGACCGCAACAGGCUCUGCAUCGAGGACCCCUUCGAGAUCACCUACAACGUUGCCAGGACCGUCACCAAGGACGGCCUGUACACGAUCCGUGGCGAGUUCAUGCGUGCCACUCGCAUCCUCACUCAGCGUCACGACCGCGCUGUCCUUGCUCUGGCCGAACUUUGCCGUGAGCGGGAAGACGAGCUUCUCCGUGCUCCUCGUUCGGCCUCCCCCGCCCCCCGCACGCUCCCCGUGUCAAGGGGCCCCUUCGGCAGCACUGCCUCUCCCAGCUCUGGCCCCGGAUGGAGGAGCCAGUCCCAGCAGCCGUUCGACCGGUUCCACGGCAACGAGCGACACGACCGCCAUGACCGCCACGAUCGUCAUGACCGCCAUGACCGCCAUGACCGCCACGACCGUCACGAGCGCCAUGACCGUCACGAGCGCCACGCUGGCAACGGCCCUGCCGCUGCUGAGCAGGUUCCGCGGCGCGGACGGCAAACUGAGGCUGUGCCGCCGACGCUGCCGUCAGCUGGUGCGCACGACGCUCCGUCGGCGCAGGACCUGUGGCUUCAAUCGCAGGGCGCCAACCUCGGCAACGGACCGACGGGCUCGCUCGGUCUCGGCGGUGUCGGCGAGUCGCAGUUCUCCGACUACAACCAGCGCGGAGGACGGAUAGACGCGCGGUACGCUGGCGCGCGGCCAACACCGAGUCGAACGGCCACCGCCUACGACAACCCGAACGCUGCUGGUACCGUCUCGGCCCCGUUGUCUCCAUCACGCUUAUAUGCGCAGCUCGAGUUAGGUCGUGGCCCGUCAGCGCCGACGUGGAACUAUGAGUCGCAGGCUCGCGGCGGUGCGUACGGCGCUCCCGGUGCUCCUCCCACGGGAGGGUCGUCGUUUGCCGGUUCUGCUCCCGGAGAGGGCAGCGGCAGCCGGAUACGCAACGCGCCCGGCGGGCGUGACCUGUCGCUCCCGCCGUCGCAGCUGCACCAGUCGCACACGGCGGCCGACACGUCGCCCCUGCCGACGUUUGCGCCGUUCUCGCCCCCGACGCUGUCGGCCCCUCUGGCGCACGCAGGCGGCAACGACAAAAACAACGCCACGUUCAUCUCGCCCAGCACGCUCCUCUCGCCCGCGCCGCAGCAGUCGCAGCUCCCUCCUGCCGGCGGCGCCGAGGGCGUCGAGGUCCUGACGCAGACGUUCGAUAAGCUCGGCGUCGGUAAGGACGACGCCGGCCGCGCGCGGACACCGACGGAGAAGCAGUAG